UUUGCAACCGGUUAGUAGGACUACAGUUAAUGACAUUAAGUGGAAAGAAGUUAUAUCAAAGAGGAGUAAAGUAUGGCGUUGAAAUAUUUUAUUAUUUUGUUCGAAUCACUUCAUAUUUGCUGGAUUUUAAUAGGAGGCGUAGCAUCAAUGAGCAUUACAAGUACUAGAAACACACCUGAAUACACCGUACACGUGAAGGAAUUAGUUCUCCCAAAUAAUAUUUUAACAGAAAACACAAUUGAAAGCUGGUGUGUUUCUGGGAAAUGCCGGAUUUCCCCAAGAACAUAUUUCCAUCAAGUGACAACCAAGUUAUCGCUCGUUGGUUUCACAGACCUAAGCGGACAAGGUCACAUUUUGUUGAUUGACCAGUCUAACACAAUAUUUGAUCACGUUCAAACAAAAGUGCAUGACCAGCCAAUGAUGGUUGCAGGAGUGUUCGGUUUUUAUGAUCAAAGUUUUGCUGUUACCUUGUAUAAGAACUCAAGUGAUACAUCAGCUAAAAAGAUGUACAUUCAAUUGUAUCGACCAGAUCGAAGCAUUCAGUGGACAACAUUGUUGAACUCGGAUAUUUCUGUCCCAGAUCGGAAUGUUGGAGAUUUUCGAAUGUCGUAUGGAAAUGGAUUUUUCAUUGUUUAUUUUAGCGUGUAUGGUAUCGAUAACUUUGCGAAUGCUACCAAUGGAGAACAAGUUAGUUUCGUUGAUGAUGGAGGAAACUUAAAAACAACAUCUUUUCCUAUUCCAGGACAAGAACACGUCAAAACAGGAGAUGAUUGGGGUUGUUCACACUCUUUGGCUCAACUGGUUAACUAUCACUCGAUUGAUAAUCAGUUCAUCAUUGUGUGUUCUGCCGAUCUUUAUCCAAAAGGAAUUUCACUUGGUGACUCACAAUCUGGUACACUUAUAUACAGAUCGUAUGGAAAUGGUAAAGGAAUAACCUCAGCUCAACUUGGUCAAAUUGCCGAGGCAAACACUGGUUGGAAACUUGUGUUUAAUGCUGAAGACACAGAAUGUUGCCCAGGCUCAGGAAUUGGUUUCACCACAAUUUAUAAUGAGAAGAAUACAGUAACUUCAAAACAGCAGAUUGAUCCAAUAACAUGGAUAACACGCAGCAACGGUUCACAUGAAAGAGACCCUGUUAUUGCAAGAAUAUAUUUAGGAAACUUAACAGACACUCGAGAAACUUAUAUUCUAGGAUGGUUGGAUAUUUUAAGCAAUGAGUAUAAUGUUGAAAUUAUUAACACGUUUGGAACGCCCAUACUGGUAAAAGAGAGUAAGUUGUCCAACAUUGCUGAUGGAUUGAUCAACUUUACUAAUUGCAACAAUAGCUGUUUAAAAUGGGGUAAUCGUGAUGAUUCGUUUCAUACAUUACGGAAUGGAAAUGUUGGUUGGAUUGCAGCGCCUCCUAAAUCAUCCUCUAUCUGGUUACAUACAAUUUUGAUGGCUGAUGAACCACGAUCAGGGUGGAGUUUAUGGAGUGGAUGGGCACAAUGUAGUCACAGUUGUGCUGGAGGAUUUAAAACGCGGGUUCGAACAUGUUUAACAGAACCCUGUGUUGGAAUCAAGUUGGAAUCAAUGCGAUGCAAUACAGCUGAAUGCAAAAUUCCGAUAAAGUGCAACUUCAAGAGAAAUGUUGGCUGGACAUUGAAAGGCGAUCUCUUUGUUAAUGGUGUGCGACAAUUUGCCUUUACCCGUGCAUCAGCAGAGCAAAAGUGUGCACAAUUUAAUGGUUUAUGCCAAGGAAUUACCAAAAUGAUAUCUGGUGGUUAUUUCUUCUUUAUUCUAAAAACAAGCCAAGCCUUGAAGCGAGAUGAUAAAGGCAUAACCUAUGUAAUGACGUGCCAAGAAACUCCCGGUUGGACACAGUGGAGUACAUGGAACAGUUGUAGUUUGACAUGCGGGGGUGGCCUACAUUCUCGUUCGCGUAUUUGUGAUGGGGAAGUCCCCGGAUCAGAGGUUUGUAAAGGUCCCGAACAAGAAGUUAAAACGUGCAACACUGAAGAUUGCGCAACAUGGACGAAGUGGUCAACAUGGUCCAAGUGCUCACGUAGCUGUAAUACAGGUCAUCAGGUUCGAGAACGCCAGUGUAAUGUUACUGAUAUAGUUAGAUGCAGCGCAUUAACUGGACCCGACAGUGAAAUACAAGUUUGUUCACUUGGAAUAUGUGGAAGAUGGUUGGAAUGGAGUCAAUGGACAUCAUGUUCAACAACAUGCGGUGAUGGUUAUCAAGAGAGAACUCGUGAUUGUAUUGGAGAUUUUGUGUGUGAUAAUGAUGGGUUAGAAGGAAUGAAUAAAACUUUCUGCAAUCUUGGUUUAUGUCCAACCUGGUCUCUGUGGACGACAUGGAGUCUCUGUUCUAAGACGUGUGGAAACGGAACCACAACAAGAAGACGUCAAUGUAAAGGAUCAACAAUUGAUAAUUGCAAACGUCAAGAGGCAGUUGGGGAAAUGAACGACACUAUGGGAAUAUCGACAACAGAACUUCUGGUAGAAAACAACAGUGAACUUGAAAUUUCAACUUGCUCUGAUGGGCGUUGUUCAGUUUGGUUGGACUGGGGUCCAUGGAGUACAUGCUCAGCUACUUGCAAUAAAGGAACACAGAGUCGCAGACGAAAAUGUCUGAAAGAUUUUGAUCUGAAAUGUAAUGCCCCUGGUAGAUCAUUUGAAACACAAGCUUGUACUCUCGGGCAAUGUGGGAAAUGGUCAAGUUGGAUUGCUUGGAGUCAGUGUAGUGAAACAUGCGGUUCUGGUGUAUCUUCUCGGAGCCGUUUUUGUUUUGGGGAUUUCCCAAGCACAUGCAUUGGUGAAGAAAAUGAAACACAGCAUUGUGAUGUAACGGACUGUGUUGUUGAAUGUAUUCCAAAUCCUUGUAAAAAUAAUGGAGAAUGUCGAAAAAAUGAUAUGUUAACUCGCUGGUAUCAAUGUAAUUGUAAGCCUGGUUGGAUGGGAAAACACUGUGAUUUCCGUGGACCAGAAUUGACAUGCGGGUCAAACAACAUCAUCAUCACAUUUGAUCGACGAGCAAUUGCUGAGGAAGGAAUGUUGACACAAAAUCCAUCCAUGGUUGGAUUUAUUUCUCGAGACUCCUCUCAUUGUAUAGCAAUGUUUGAGCACAGUCAUAAUAUGAGUCGAUAUUUUCUAAUGAUUCCAAAACCAAUUGAAACAUCUUGUGGUUCUACAACGCAAGUAACAUCACAAACUUACCAAAUACAGAACAGUGUAACUUGGGAAGUUAUGGAUGAGACGAUUAAAUCUACAGUUGUAUUAUUUGACUUCACUUGUAUUUAUGAAAAAAAUGGAACUUCAUCAUCAGAAUUUUCAUCAAAUGGGAUUUUGUCGAUUGAAUCUUACAAAAGGCAAACUGAAGUAAUUACAUCAGGUGGAACAUUUGAUAUAAACUUAAGUUUAUUCCGAGAUGCUUUAUUCCAAAAACUUAUCUUACCGCCAACAAAAAGUCUUUCUAGUCUUAUCACUUUAGCUGAGGGUGAAGUUCUUUUUGUAUCAGUUGAUCUACAAUCAAAAGAUCUGUUUUCUUCAAAUACAUUAGUUCUUGUUAUAGACACAUGUUUUGUCACUUCUUCGCAAAGGUUACUUGAGCCGAUAACUUUUUUGCUGCAAGAGAGCUGCCCAGUGUCUAAAUUGGUUAAUAUAAUAUCCAAUGGUGAUUCGCAAUCUGGUAGAUUUUCCGUGAGAGUGUUUGGUUGGACUAAAACUGCUGUAAGAAGGGAAAAUGUUUACAUACACUGCAUGGCAAGUGUAUGUGACAGCGAAAAUUCAACAUGCAUUCCCAACUGUAAUACUGGUCGUCAGAAGAGAGCUAUUCAUGAUAACAAAAGUUGGAACCAGAAAGACAGAAUGGUCAUAUUAAAUACUACACAUACAGCUGUGAAAAGUGGACAAUUAUUUCCAUCUGUUGUACAAUCAAUUUCGAUACAAAACAAUAGCUUUACCACAAUAAAUUCUUCUACACCCAAGUUUAAUGGUGACAAGAUGGUUUCUCUUGGUCCAUUCAAUAUAAUUGUACAAUUAGUCAAAAGCAAAAAGAAGAGAUCCGUACACAACAUGCAGAGUGCUAAAUAUGAAAAACCUGUUGUUAAACUACACUUUUACUUUAAAGUAUUAUGUGUCUUAGCAUUAACUUGCCUCUUGCAAGUUUUGAAUCGAAUUUUAAAAUUUAAUAAACUAACGUAAAUCGAUGUAUUCCUCCUAUAACCCUGUCACAUCAUAACCGAAGGGAUACUGGGUUCGAUGGUCGAUAAUGAUACUAAUAAUGAACGAUA